GCCUUAUUAGUAGCUGAAGCCCUUUUGCUCUGCCAGCAAACUGCACGGUAAGCCCAACGGUUAGGUGACGGAAGGCUUAUAUAUUACAUGAAGGGGGAAUGCAGCGUUGCCGGGAUCCCUCUCUCGAGCUAUCACAGUAUCCAGAUGGCGAUUCUCAAAGUCCCUGCCGUUCUGGCUUGCAUAGCCUCGCUUCUUAGUCUGACACACGGGAAGCUACCUGGCCAGGCUGUAAAAUGCACCGUGGAUUACUUGAAUGGGUUUCUGUUUGACGGCAUCUCGGUUGAGCAUGCGGAUGGUGUGACCUCAGGGUAUUUCGCGGAGAGCGGCAACUUGGGAUACCCAUCGGCAGCAUCUGGACUCCCUCCACUCUGCGCGGUUAUAGUUAACAAUGUGACUGCCGGUUAUCGGUUUGGAAUGUUCCUCCCAGAGACCUGGAACUCCCGGCUCCUGGUUGUGGGGAGCUACUCGUUUCUGGGCGGAAUCAACUGGCUUGAUAUGGGACCCGGGGCGCGUUACGGCAUGGCGAGCCUCUCAACCGACACCGGGCAUAAUUCUGGCCAGGGGGACUUGACAUGGCCAACGUCUGAAAGCGUGAAGGUCAACUGGGCCUACCAGGCAAUGGAAGGUUCUAUUCAUCUCGGCAAAAUGCUCAUUGAGGCUUACUACGACAAUAAGCCGAUUGCGUAUUCCUACUACAGUGGCUGCUCAACCGGGGGAAGGCAGGGUCUCAAGCAGAUCCAGAGGGAUCCCGACAUCUUCGAUGGCGCUUUGAUCGGGGCACCCGCUUGGGAUACGAAGAAUCUAAUGCCGUGGGUGUCGAGGUUAGCGACACUCCACCUCCCAGAGAGCUCCCCACGGAGUAUCAACGACUACAACCUUUACUUGCGGCUCCAGCAGGAAGUUCUGGCACAGUGCGAUUCCCUUGACGGGGUGAAGGACAAUAUAAUCUCUGCCCCCUCGGCCUGCCGAGACCAUUUCGAUAUCACCAAAAUCCGCUGUGGCACGACGGAUCAGGCGUACUGCUGGACGCAGGCACAGAUAGAAACGGCGCAAAAAAUGUAUAGCGAUUACGUUACCGACGACGGGGAAUUCGUCUAUAAGGGACUGGACUACAGCUCAGAAGCAGAGUGGGCUGUAUAUCUCCUGCCAGCUAACCCCAAGGAUGCCAACAACGUGAGAAGGGGAUUCGAUGCGCAAUACGAGCGAACGUUCAUGGGUUACGGCCCCUCCUGGCAAAUCACCUCGUACAACGACACCGUGGUGGACGACUCGCGAAUUCGCGAUGAGCGCUCGGUGCACGCCACCGCCGAUCACUACGACUUGGGCAGAUUCCGGAAUCGGGGAAAAAUUAUCAUGUAUGGAGGCCUUGCGGAUGGCUACGUGCCCGUGCAGCACACGACGCUGUAUUACAACAGAACGGUCGAAGCGAUGGGGAACGUGGACGAUUUCUUCCGGUACUUUCAGAUUCCCGGCAUGGGACACUGCUGGGGCACGGCAGACAACGUUAAGGCUCCGUGGAUGAUCGGUAGCGCCGGCCAAGCGGCGCAGAGGCCGCCGUACACCGCCGGGUUCUCGGUUCCGCUGGGGUACAACGACAGCCGGCACGACGCGUUGCUGGCGCUGAUGGACUGGGUCGAGAAUGGCAACGAGGUCUCUCAGAUCGUCGCGUCCGAGUUCAACUUCACGGACGCGACGAGACAAUCCCUCGUCCUGUACCGCCAGCGACCCAUCUGCAUGUUUCCGCGAACGGCGGAAUGGGUCGGACGAGGAUCCCAAGAUGACGCCAGCAAUUGGCGCUGCACGUGACGGCUCAAUAGUUAGCCCCGCAUAAAUGCAUACGUGCAUUUCGGGCGGGACAAGGUGCGUGUAGGCGGGGAAAGGCGCGGGGAACAGCGUCGAUGUUAUGGGGCCGGGUGCCAGGUAUUUGGUUCGCACGUGGAGUCGUAGUAAUUCAGGGCGAGAAUCCGCCCUCCUGACAGUAAUUCUGUGGCUUGCGCUUGAUCGAGAGAGAGAGUGUG